AUAUUUCGCCCAAAAUCAUAGCCUGGCGCUUCAAUUUCGCACCCGACUAAAGAGCUCUCGCUCCUCAUUCUCUCUCCCCCUCGCGCUCUCUCUUUCUCUCUCUGUGCGCGUGCGAAAUGGCGUCCUCUGCUGCCCUGAGAUACGCAGCUCCUCUCCUUGGCGGUUCUCGAUAUCUCUUCCCCUCACUCGAUUCGACUGUUCGAGCUCCCCAUUCUCUCAAGGAUAGAGUUUUGAUAGACUCGGUUCGAUCGAGUUUCUGUGUGAGGGCUAGGGUUCCGAUUCGAGCAAUGACAGAGACGGAAACGCACGUGUCAAAAUCUCAUCUUUCGGUAUCUGGUGGCAAACAAGUCCUUAUAUCGUUGUCAGACAAGCAGGAUCUGGCUUUUCUCGGAAAUGGACUUCAAGAAUUAGGGUACAAUAUUGUUUCGACUGGGGGGACUGCAUCCGCACUAGAAGCUGCUGGUGUGUCAGUAACCAAAGUUGAAGAAAUUACUCAUUUUCCUGAAAUGCUUGAUGGUAGAGUAAAAACAUUGCAUCCUAGCAUACACGGUGGAAUUCUUGCUAGAAGAGAUCAAGGCCAUCACAUGGAGGCCUUAAGUACACAUGGCAUUGGGACAUUUGAUAUAGUGGUGGUGAAUCUGUAUCCUUUCUAUCAAAAAGUUUCUUCUAGCGAUGGAAUUACAUUUGAGGAUGGCAUAGAGAAUAUUGAUAUUGGUGGGCCUACAUUAAUCCGUGCGGCUGCUAAGAAUCACAAAGAUGUACUGGUUGUGGUGGACCACAAUGACUAUGCUCCCCUCUUGGAAUUUCUGAAAGGAAAUCAAGAUGACCAGAAGUUCCGAAGGGAAUUGGCAUGGAAAGCUUUUCAGCAUGUUGCUUCCUAUGAUUCUGCAGUUUCUGAGUGGUUAUGGAAGCAAUCAGCGGGAGGUGAUAAGUUCCCUCCUAGCUUUACAGUGCCUCUCUUCAGAAAAUCUACCCUUCGGUAUGGUGAAAAUCCUCAUCAGAAGGCUGCAUUUUAUGACGAUAAGAGUCUUUCUGUGGUGAAUGCUGGUGGUAUUGCUACUGCUAUACAACACCAUGGGAAGGAAAUGUCUUACAAUAACUACUUAGAUGCGGAUGCUGCUUGGAACUGUGUGUCAGAGUUCAAGAACCCUACCUGUGUAAUUGUGAAGCACACAAAUCCAUGUGGUGUAGCAUCAAGGCAAGAUAUCAUUGAAGCAUAUAGAUUGGCUGUAAAGGGUGAUCCUGUAAGUGCUUUUGGUGGCAUUGUUGCUUUUAACACAGCGGUAGGUGAGGAUCUUGCAAAAGAGAUCCGAGAAUUUAGGAGUCCAACGGAUGGUGAGACGAGAAUGUUCUAUGAAAUAGUUGUGGCACCAAAAUAUACAGAAAAAGGAUUAGAGAUUCUCCGUGGAAAAUCGAAGACUCUGAGGAUUCUCGAGGCAAAAAAGAGUGAGAAGGGAAUGCUCUCUCUAAGGCAAGUUGGAGGCGGGUGGUUAGCUCAGGACUCCGAUGAUUUAACCCCAGAAGAUAUCAAGUUCAACGUGAUGUCAGAAAAUGCUCCUGAAGAACAAAAGCUUCGCGAUGCAGAAUUUGCAUGGCUUUGUGUCAAACAUGUUAAAAGCAAUGCUGUAGUAAUAGCCAAGAAUAACUGUAUGUUAGGUAUGGGGAGUGGACAGCCAAAUAGGCUUGAGAGCCUAAGAAUAGCUUUCAGGAAAGCUGGAGAAGAAGCAAAGGGAGCUGCUUUGGCUAGUGAUGCAUUUUUCCCAUUUGCUUGGAACGAUGCGGUUGAAGAAGCAUGUCAGAAUGGUAUCGGAAUAAUUGCAGAGCCUGGCGGUAGUAUCAGAGAUAAGGACGCUGUAGAUUGCUGCAAUAAAUAUGGUGUUUCUCUAGUCUUCACAAAUGUGAGGCAUUUCCGGCAUUGAGAGAGACUGCUAAGAAUUUAUCUAGUUUUUGAGAAUAUUAUGUAGUUUCUUCUAGCUGAUCCAGAAUUUUGGUGAUCACAACAGUAAUGUCUCCAUUUUCUUUCUCCUGUAUUGUGUGUCCGAAUUUUUGUAAGUCGGAUGGGAUGUUGUAUGAUAUCCUUGUAACUUUAUAUACAUGUAUGUAAUGUGAGUAUUGAAUAAAUGACUUAUUUUGGUCAGGUA